GGCGGCCGGAGCUGGAGGGGGAGGAGGGGAGGAACCUGAUCUCUCCGGUAGCGAAGGGCUGGAGGCAAACACCGAGUUCCCCCAGAGCCGCCCGGGAGCAGGGAGGGCUCCGCCACCCCGGGGGGCCCUCCCCGCGGGGCAGAUGAGUUCAGAAUGCAGACUCUCUGAGCUGUAUUUUGGGGUCCCCCAAGCAUUCCAUCCUCUCGACUCUCCAUAAACUUUUGGAUUCAUAACCCACUCCAUACUUGAGAAAAGGGAUUGGAAUAAGGUAUGUCCAACAUGCUGAGGGUGCAGAGGUGAAUCAGCGGAUGCACUGUUAGUGGGGGAGAUGGACAGGAACAUUUUAGUUGAUAAACCAAAUGACCAGUCUUCAAGGUGGUCUUCAGAGAGCAACUACCCUCCGCAGUACUUGAUUCUGAAGCUUGAAAGGCCUGCUAUAGUCCAGAAUAUCACGUUUGGAAAAUAUGAGAAAACUCAUGUCUGCAAUUUGAAGAAAUUUAAAGUCUUUGGUGGAAUGAAUGAGGAAAACAUGACAGAGCUGUUGUCCAGUGGCUUAAAGAAUGAUUAUAACAAAGAAACAUUUACCUUAAAGCAUAAAAUUGAUGAACAGAUGUUUCCGUGUCGAUUCAUUAAAAUAGUUCCACUCUUAUCGUGGGGACCCAGCUUUAACUUUAGCAUCUGGUAUGUUGAACUUAGUGGCAUUGAUGAUCCCGAUGUAGUACAGCCCUGUCUCAACUGGUAUAGUAAGUACCGUGAACAGGAAGCUAUUCGUCUUUGCCUAAAACACUUUAGACAACAUAACUAUACAGAAGCCUUUGAAUCACUGCAAAAGAAAACCAAGAUUGCCCUGGAACAUCCAAUGUUAACAGAUCUGCAUGAUAAAUUGGUAUUGAAGGGUGAUUUUGAUGCUUGUGAAGAAUUGAUUGAAAAAGCUGUAAAUGAUGGCUUGUUCAAUCAGUAUAUCAGUCAGCAGGAAUAUAAGCCACGAUGGAGUCAGAUCAUUCCCAAAAGUACCAAAGGUGAUGGAGAAGAUAACCGGCCAGGAAUGAGGGGAGGUCAUCAGAUGGUUAUUGACGUCCAGACAGAGACUGUUUAUUUGUUUGGUGGCUGGGAUGGAACGCAAGAUCUUGCUGACUUCUGGGCGUACAGUGUGAAAGAGAACCAGUGGACUUGUAUCUCUAGAGACACUGAGAAAGAGAAUGGUCCUAGUGCUAGAUCAUGUCAUAAAAUGUGCAUUGACAUUCAACGAAGGCAAAUCUACACUUUGGGGCGUUAUUUGGAUUCCUCUGUGAGGAACAGCAAAUCUCUGAAAAGUGAUUUCUAUCGUUACGACAUUGACACAAACACAUGGAUGUUACUCAGUGAGGAUACUGCUGCUGAUGGAGGACCGAAACUAGUGUUUGAUCAUCAGAUGUGUAUGGACUCGGAAAAACACAUGAUCUACACCUUUGGUGGUAGAAUUUUGACAUGUAAUGGCAGUGUAGAUGACAGCAGAGCCAGUGAACCACAAUUCAGUGGAUUGUUUGCUUUCAACUGUCAAUGUCAAACCUGGAAACUUCUUCGAGAGGACUCCUGUAAUGCUGGUCCUGAGGACAUCCAGUCUCGGAUAGGACACUGCAUGCUAUUCCACUCAAAAAAUCGUUGCUUAUAUGUAUUUGGUGGCCAGCGAUCGAAGACCUAUUUGAAUGAUUUCUUCAGUUAUGAUGUGGAUUCUGAUCAUGUAGACAUAAUAUCAGAUGGUACCAAGAAAGACUCUGGAAUGGUUCCAAUGACAGGAUUCACACAGAGAGCAACCAUUGACCCAGAGCUGAAUGAAAUACAUGUCUUAUCUGGACUUAGCAAAGACAAGGAAAAGAGGGAAGAGAAUGUCAGAAAUUCAUUCUGGAUUUAUGAUAUUGUAAGAAAUAGUUGGUCUUGUGUCUAUAAGAAUGAUCAAGCUGCAAAGGAUAAUCCAAGUAAAAGUCUUCAGGAGGAAGAACCAUGUCCAAGAUUUGCCCAUCAGCUUGUAUAUGAUGAAUUACACAAGGUUCAUUAUUUAUUUGGUGGGAAUCCAGGAAAAUCAUGCUCCCCAAAGAUGAGAUUAGAUGACUUCUGGUCACUGAAAUUGUGUAGGCCUUCAAAAGAUUACUUACUGCGGCAUUGCAAGUACCUCAUAAGAAAACACAGGUUUGAAGAAAAGGCCCAAAUGGAUCCCCUUAGUGCUCUGAAAUAUUUACAAAAUGAUCUUUAUAUAACUGUGGAUCACUCAGACCCAGAAGAAACUAAAGAGUUUCAGCUCCUAGCUUCAGCUCUAUUUAAAUCUGGUUCAGAUUUCACAGCUCUAGGCUUUUCGGACGUGGAUCACACCUAUGCUCAAAGAACUCAGCUCUUUGACACCUUAGUGAAUUUCUUUCCUGACAGCAUGACUCCUCCCAAAGGCAACCUGGUGGACCUCAUCACACUGUGACUGAAGAGUCCCUGGACAGAACUGGAGCACAGGAGUCUGCUUUUGGUAUUCUGGAUUUCAGCUCUGUUGGCUGACAGUUAGGCUACAGUGACUGAGGACUGUACCAGAGCUUUGAAGGGAUCUUUGCUGUCACAAGUUUUAACCCUCUUCCUUCACACCUGACCUUGACCCCGUCGUCCUCAUCCCAUUCCUAAAUUAGGCUAAUAAAGUGAAAUUGGUAUAUACUUUCCAUUAAA